GAGGAAUGACUUGGAAAAGGCAAAAAACAAUGAGCAACUGCAGGAAAUAUUGACAAGUGCUGUCAUCAUGGUUGUUAGUGUGUCAGCCUCGACAACACAAGGGACUACACUGUCUGAAGAAGAGCUGGCUACAGUUGUGGAAGCAUGUCAAAUGGCCUUUGAUCUAAAUGAGUCAAAAUCACAGAUUCUCUCCUAUGUAGAAUCACGGAUGUCGUUUAUUUCACCAAAUUUAUCAAUAAUAGUUGGUGCCUCAACUGCAGCAAAAAUUAUGGGUGCUGCAGGAGGUCUAACAAAUCUUUCCAAAAUGCCAUCAUGCAAUGUGCUGCUGCUUGGUGCUCAGAAACGUACACUAUCGGGCUUCUCAUCUGCUACACUCCUCCCACACACUGGCUUCAUCUAUUACAGUGACCUAUGUCAAGGCACUCCACCGGAUUUGAGGAAAAAAGCAGCAAGACUUAUUGCAGGCAAAUGUACCCUUGCCGCUCGAGUUGACAGCUUUCAUGAGAGUCCAAAUGGAGAAAUCGGCAGUAAAUUCAGGGAAGAAAUAGACGGAAAGUUUGAAAAAUUAACAGAACCACCACCUGUCAAGAAAACAAAAGCAUUGCCAGCGCCAAUAGAUGGAGGAAGAAAGAAGAGAGGAGGAAGACGCUACCGCAAAAUGAAAGAACGUUUAGGUAUGACAGAGUUCCGCAAAGCCGCUAAUCGAAUGACAUUUGGUGAGAUUGAAGAUGAUGCCUAUCAAGAGGAUCUAGGUUUCUCACUAGGACAGGUGAAAAAAACAGGAACCGGGCGAAUUAGGGGACCACAGGUGGACAAUAAAACACAAGUCAAGAUAUCAAAAAGUUUACAGCGGCAGUUGCAAAAGCAGCAAAUGCAUGGAGGGAGGUCGACUGUCAAAGGUCGAGAAACCUCCGGUACAGCAUCCAGUGUGGCUUUUACACCAUUACAAGUAAGUCGGAUUUCUCUAAAAUAA